AUGGGCAACCUUCCAGCCGCUCGUGUCACCCCUUCGGCGCCUUUUACUCAUUCUGGGGUUGAUUACGCCGGCCUACUCCACGUAAUUUCAUUCGUCGGCAAAGGGCAAAAAGCCAAAAAGGUAUAUAUUGCUCUGUUUGUUUGUCUUGCUACAAGGGCGAUUCACCUCGAAUUAGUGGAAGAUUACUCCACGCCCGGCUUUCUUGCAGCCUAUCAGAGGUUCGCUAGCCGAAGAGGUCUGCCGCGUCACAUGUAUAGCGACAACGGCACAAAUUUUCAUGGAGCCAACCACGAACUCCAUCGACACUUUCAAUCCUUAUCGAAGGAUGCUGAAUUGCGAAACGCGCUCGCAGGCGACGGAGUGAACUGGCAUUUCAUUCCCUCCGCCGCUCCACAUUUCGGCGGCCUUUGGGAGGCCGGAGUCAAGAGCCUUAAAACGCAUCCGAGGCGCGCUGUUGGUUCCCACACACUUUCGAGGGCUGAACUCGCGACGCUUCUAUGUAAAAUAGAAGCGUGCCUUAACUCGCGACCAAUCGUUCCGCUUAGUGACGACCCGGGUGACUUGUCGGCGCUCACCCCCGGUCACUUUCUGAUUGGACGGCCCCUUGUAGCCGUUCCGGAGGAAUCGGUACUCGCGAUCGACCCGCGUAGGCUCUCGCGAUGGCAACUAGUCCGUGCCAUGCAGGAAACCGUGUGGCGUGCCUGGUCACAGGAUUAUUUACAUUCGCUUCAACAGCGAAACAAGUGGUGCAAGCAGUCUCCUAACUUCGCAAUAGGCGAAUUAGUAUUAGUUAAAAGUCCCGUGCUCCCUCCGAGCAAAUGGGAGCUUGCCCGAGUACAGUAG